AUGACUCUGGCGGACAAAAUCACCCAGGUGUAUGACGAUGAGCCCUUUUACCAUCCUAAGUGGUUUAAGGAGGUGCCCGUCGCCUGUCGCAUCGUCACUCCAGCCUACAAUCGCCUCCUGCUAAACGUUCUCAGCCCAAAGCGGAUAGACUUAAAAGAUCUGGAAGUCUUCCGCUCCUCCGAUUUGGUCGACCAGCUCUUAACCCGACUCGAGGCAGCCUCAACCAUACCAGCGCGGUUGCCCGCCUCCGUCGUGAAGCAGCGAGUGGCAAUCGGACUGCAUGAGGAUGCGACCGAGUUUGUCACGGGUUUGACUCGGUCCGGUCAGCUGGCGACCGUGGUGCAAAAGGGGAGGCAGGCCGACUGCUUCGACGAUUUCCUCGGCUAUCCGUGGCUGCGAGCGCACGGCACCGACCUCCUGGGUGGUCAAAAUGUGCUGACGGUUGGCGGAAAGGCGCCCCCGUUAGUCAGGCACGCUUUGACGGCCGCGUCUGCCAAAGCUAUCAUGGAGCCGUUCACGCCAUGCCACGUCCUUGAAUUCGAGCAGGCGAAGUGCAACUAUCCCUUCGCCUCCGCAGAGAGCGUGGGGGGAUGGGGUUUCGCGUGGGUGCGGGCGCGUCAAAACACGAUCGACAAGUCGUCCCGGACCUAUCCCUUUCAAGACCCAACCUGA